CCGAAAAUGCUCUACUUCCGCUGCAGCAGCGACAACGGGCACGUCAAAAAAGAGAGGAAAAUGUGGACUGUAAGGACAAACUGAGGCCGGAGAAGGACCGUCGAACAACGUAAAAGGUAUAGGCCGAGCUCGGUUGCCAGGUAGUUGUGUUUAUUCAAAGUCACCCGACGAAUAUAUCACAGUUUAAGGGUCGUUUCGAGGUUAACUCGUCCCCCCUCCCUUGUUCCGUGGUGGUUCGCUUUGAGGAAGCUGCUCGGCUAGCCAGGCUAACUUCGCUAGAGAUGGGGACGAGAGCAAGUCGCCUACAGGAGGACCCGGUUCCCUCUGCUUUCGGGAAAGACGGCACAAAGCGGGAGUCCUACCGGCGACCCCGCUGCGCCAGGCCCACAAGUCUCAUGGUCGACUUCUCGGUGAGCUUCGAGGACACGGAGGCCAACCAGAGUCGAUCGGAGGAAGGCAGCGACUCGGACCUCGGGCAGCAUGGGGCGAGCGCCGACGGCAGUCCCGCCGACCACCACGGCGAAGCGUCACCCGCGGACGACGACAACAACAGCGAGGGGAAACCCGAGGACGAGGGGAGUAUAAGCCCGGAGCCCCCUGUCGCAGCGGAACACCAGCCCGGAGAGGAAACAGGCCGCACACCCCACCGCACUUUUUCCGAGCGGCUGCCCGGGAAUCGGCACUCUUCCUCCCGCAGCGUCGGCGCACGAUCCGCCCGGGUCCGAGGCACACACCAGCGGCCGGUGUCAGAGGCUUGGAUCGGCCUUUACCGUGUCAACAACCGCCAUGGCAAUAUCCGCUGUCCUUUCUGCUCAAAGCCUUUCCCAGGGGGUCGCAUCGAGGAUCACCUGUUGAGCUGCCUCACGUCCCCUCCCCUACCUUACAACACGGACGUGCUCAGUAAAGACAGCGGAGAGUGCUCAAUCUGUUUGGAGGAUCUGUUACAGGGGGAGACCAUCGCCAGGCUGGCUUGCCUCUGCGUCUACCAUAAGAGCUGCAUUGAUUCCUGGUCCAAGGUGAAGCCCUGCUGCCCCGAACAUCCCUUUGAUUGACUCGCAGGUCACAUGUAUUCUGCACAGUGACCAACCUGACUCAGGAGACUACACUGAAUCCCAAUAAAAAUCCCAAUAAAAUAGUGUAAUUGAACAAAUAACACCCCGCGGUCCCUCUCAGACACAAACCUUUCAUUUGAGUGGAGAAGGGACGACCCAAAGAGGAGGUUCCAGUCAGCGACACCCGAGGCUCUCUCUCUCUCUCUGUUUGGAUCAGUUCAAGAAGAACCCGGUCUCUGACAUUUCAAGCCAAACUCCAGCUCCUCUGUCAAACCUCUGGCUCAGACCCUCGUCGGAAACAAACGUGGAGGAGGUUCCCUUUUCUUUGUUACAGACUUGGCUCGAGUCCCUGGAAUAUUCAAAACAAAGAAAUAUGUCAGAUAGACAUCAUCAUCCCAGAACGAUGGAGCGCUGCCCAGGAAGAUCUUGAACUUCGGGAAGAACACACAUGAAAAAAAAAAAAAAAAGUUGUUUGAGCUGUGACUCUGGAUCCUCUCCUGUGUAUUUUUUUUCCUCUCUCUGAACCGGAUUGGUCAUCAAUCAAGUAUUUUUUACGGAGAGUGUAUUGUUCCACGUCAUACAUUGGAUGAAUGUUUUCUUUGCUCGGCUUACCCCAAAUGAACCAACCUUACACUGAAAGCGUGAACUCUUGCCAUGCAAACAUUGCUUUAUUUGACCUAGCUGGAGGUUGAGGGCUUCUUUUUUUUUUUAAAGCGAACAGGAGCUGCUGUUUGGUGUUUUAUUUUUUUUCUUGUUACCAGUAAACAUUUCAGGGGAAGUUUAGGGGCUAAUAGUUUUUUUUUUUUCUGAGUAGGUCAGUUUUCUUGUAGGUGGUUGUUAGCUCUGAGUUUAAUGUGCUGCUACUUGCUGAGUGUUCAGGAGGGUGGUAGGUGUUUCAUAGGGCCAUAGUAGCACUGGUGUUGGCAUCGAUACGAGCACUUUUGUUCCUCAAGGCUGAUUUUUUUUUUUCCACAUCAAGUCUGGGAUAAGGUUGUGUGUGUGUGUGUGUGAGAGAAUGUGUGUUCUGAUGAUGACCAGGGACAGGAAAUGUCCUCGUGAGCAUGACUGUGUAUUAAAAAAAAAAAGUGUGUGUGUGUGUGUUUACUGUAAAUUGCCCAGAAGUCUGCUUGGUCAAGCGGGUUUUUGUUUUUUUUAACGCUUGUUUGUAACUGCGGACAUUCUGUUACAUGUGGCUUUGGUACGCAACAUGGAGGCAAAUGUUGGUCUCAUGUGCGCUCCGGAUACAGUUUGGGUUUUUCUUUUUUUUUUUUUUUUUUGUCCCACUGACCCCCACCUCCCAACUUAGUCUCUGGGGUGUAGUCUGGAUUUUUUGGGGCCAGAUCCCAAGCGACAGUUUGGCCAUCUGGUUACGUUAAUGCCAGACCGAGGGGGGGGGGGGGAGAGGAUGGAGUGAGGGAUGUAUUUUUGGGGACAUGUUUACACCAUGU